AUGUUAGCUGCAAAAGCUGCAUCCGAAGUCGUGCCUGUGGACAGCAAGUUAAGCAUCGUGACGGACUCGAAGUGGACGCUCGAGGAACUCACCAAAUGGCUCACAAGACAUGAAGAUACGGGAUACAUCGACAAGGCGAAUGCCACGCUAACACGUGCCACAGUUGCCCGCUUACGAGCCAGGUGUACACAUACCAGAUUCAAAUGGGUCAAAGGACAUGCAGGACACGUCGGAAACGAGAGAGCUGACCGUUUGGCUGGUGACGGAGCACGGAAAGAUGUGCCGGACGUAGUCGAUCUCUCGAUACCCCCACGAUUCCAAGUCACAGGGGCCAAACUGACAGCGCUGACGCAAUCACUAGCCUACAAGGCGAUAAGAGCACGAAAAGAGGAAGGAAGUGAGCCACGACGGCAGACAGAACUCAAUCUCACCCAGAUCUUGUCCGACGUGGAGGACGCUUUUGGUAUCAAACUCACGCACGAGAGUGUAUGGCGGGCAAUAAGGAACCCGGCCAUCUCCCUGGAAGCGCAAUACUUCCUGUGGAUGCUCACACAUGACGGGUACAAGGUAGGCACGUACUGGCUGAAAGACAACUUCAACGAAGACCAGAGGAGGCGCGGUGAGUGCGCAAAAUGCGGUUCUACUGAGACCAUGCACCACAUUCUAUUCGACUGUGACUUCGAAGGUCAGGCGACGGCCUGGACACUGGCAGAACAUCUUUGGCGACAUACCAAGCGUGACUGGCCAACAGUCUCGCUGGGGACUGUCGUGACCGCCGGUUGCCUCCCACAUCGAAACGCAAAGGGACGCCCCGUCGCGGGGCUAAACCGCCUAUGGGCCAUCAUCAUGUCGGAGACGGCGAAAUUUAUCUGGGCAAUCAGGUGCGAAAGGGUAAUCCGCAACGAGAAUAGAGAGUUCACCGCCGAUGAGGUAACACAUCGGUGGUAUGCUGCGAUUGAGGGCCGCCUCAGCGAUGACCGGCAUUCAACAUGCAAGAGCCUUGAAAAGCGAGCACUUGAUCCCGGCGUGGUAAACGCCACGUGGAAGCCCGUGAUAGAGGGCUACCAGAGCCUACCCCCCGCGUGGGUCGGGGACACCGGGGUUUUAGUGGGUAUUAAGAGAGGCUGCGGGUGAGAGGUAGGAGGCCAGGUUGGAGGGCACUCACCCACGGUCUUCUCUUGGAGUCCCACACGCUGUGCCUAAAGGCAUUUCCUCGGAGUGGUAUCAGGAAUACGGUUUUUCACGGCUCUCGGGGUCUCAUGGUUCCCCGAACAACUUUGCGGGCUAAACGGACGCUCGUCCGUUGUGAGGAAUAUGUAGCUCGUCGCACGACCUGCUUGAUUAUCCCUCGGCUAUCC